CACACCGCGGGUCACAGCGGAGCGCGGGCUGUUUUUCUGGGGUUUUUUGUUUUUCUACUGCAUCACCUGAGAAGAAACGUGUCCACGGUUCUGUAGAACUGUUCAGUUCAGGAACAUCUGCAGAAUGUGUGGUUUUUUUUUUUUUUUUGUGACGGUGACAGUUUUUACGGCUGACUGGUUUCUGCCUGUGCAGAUGAAGAAGCAGGAUGUUGGAAACAUUUGAAACAGCUUCACUUUGCUCUUCUGCUGUUUCCUUCACUCGGUGACGAAUCGAAUCGUUGCCCCAUCCUCUCACUGUCCGCUCUGUGACGCUCACUUCCUUCUCUUUUUUUCUGUUCCUGUCGUGUUUCUGUCUGAAAUGAUUGUUUUUACAAGAAGUUGUAAAACAACGGCACCUCGCAGUAUCUCCUGACCGAGUACUAGUAACUAGUAAUCCUAGUACCCUCUGACUGCACGCAUACUUUCUUUUUCACCCCCUCAAGAUUUUUUAUUUUUUUAGUCAGUGCUUGAGUUAGAAAUUACUGCCAUUUUAUUUUAUGUAAUUAAAAAUGUUUAGUGGUGGCUUAGUGGGUAAGGAAGCGGACUUUGUUCUGGAAGGUUUCAGGUUUGAGUCCACCAGCCGCUAAGUUGCUCAGAGUAUGGCACCGUCCUUGCUCACUGCUCCCCGGGUGCUUAAAGCUGCCCCCUGUUGACUGUGAUGGUGGGUUAAAAGCAGAGGUCAAAGGUCGGUUGUGUGUUGUGUCACUUCCUAGUAUGUUUUUAAAAAAAAAAAAAAUCCAAUUCUAGUCUCAUGGUGUCAGUGUCCCGUCUGCAAUAGAUUUCUGCCACACAAGGGGACGGCGUACCACACUUUGGGAACCGCUGCAGCAUGUCUCAUGUUUAUUUAUUCAUUGAAACUUUAUUGAAAGUUCUCAUUCAUGAACAUCACCUGCACAUCCACCUCUGGUCCAAGGUCCAAACCCUGAGGGUCAGAGUGUUGGUGACGGCCCUGUCUCCUCCUCUCUCUGACAGAGCAGCUCAUUCCCAACCAUCAGCUCCCUGGUUCUUUUUUUUUUUUUUUUGGUGCCUCUGUUCGUCCCUCUCUCUCUCUCUCUCUCACUCUUCCCUCUCCCUUCCUCCUUCCUCUCUCCUCUCUCCUCUCUCCACUCCACGUUCCGCCCGUGCUCCCAGAGCUCCAGUGAGAGGCAGCCACGGUUCUUCUUGCUGACCUCUCCUCUGUGCUGCUCCAAUGGCGGAGUCUCCUCUCAACAACUCCUGGCCGUCCUUCUCCAAGUUCUGGAUGAGACGGUGGUCCUUCAAGAGAGCGUCAGAGGGUAAACCAUGCAGCCAGUCCUGCGGUUCUCCUGAAGCUCUGCUCCAGCCUCCUGAUCACAGCAGCAGGAAAGGAUCGUCCUCCUCACAGUCGUCACCCUCCAUUCCUGAGGACGUCUUCUUCGAUAACACUUGUGACCAGGAUUCGUCUUCAGUAGUCAGUGACUACGACUGUCCUGGUGUGGAGGUGGGCAGCAGCGUGGAAGAUCUGAGCGGCAUCAAUUUCUCCUUCCAGGAGUCCGACUAUUUGGACGAAGGAUUCCCAGCCUCACGGUCACCGGCCACCACAGCCUCAGAUCGCAGGACCCCAGAGAGAGAAAACCCCGACGUUGGCCAACAGAAUAACACCGAGGUUUCUGUCAUCGCGCCCCGACCCGUCCAGGCUCCUCUGACCUCACUCGCCCCUCCGUUUCCAGCCCGCUCACUGCCCUGCUACAUACAGCCCAUACAGGAACCCCACUGUAACUUUGUGGUCACUCAGCUCAGCCCCAGGUUAAUCACAGGUUGUAUCAUAGACAGCGAUGACUCGACCGGACCUGCGGUGGGCCUCAGUCUGACCAUCAAUCUGAACGGACUGUUGGGAUCAGUGGAAACGUUCAGGGACCAAACAGGAAGAGACUGUGAGACUGCGCUCAGAACCAUGGAUUGUGAAGGCGAGCCAGAUGAGGACAGUUUUCCCAUCCUGGUCAGGUCUAUGUCCACGUCUCGCAGACACAGCUGGGGCGUCCCGGUGUCCCCCUUCAGCCUGGGGAGGAGACUGAGCCUGGACACCAUGGCUAUGGACAGUGAUGGAGAAAGAGACGAGGACGAGGACGGACAGAAUAACCUCUUCCGUUCCACUCAGCAGCAGACCUGCACGGACUCUACGGUGGAGGAGACGGAUGGUCCCUGUGUGAGGGUCUCCUGCUCCAGAGGCAGCAUAACCAGCCUGCCCGGUGGUUCUCCCGGAAGUCUCCUGUAUUCCCGCUCAGAAAUCCUGGCCACGGACGAGUUCUCCCGCGCUUCGCACAUCUCCCGAGUCGUGCAGACGUCCAAACAGGCAGCGAGAGCAGCAGGAGCAGAGGAGUUUGAUCCGGAAGAAAAUCUCCAUUCCACCGAGGGACAGAAUCAUAUGGUGAAGCAGAGGAGCGGCAAAUCGAACGUCAAAGAUUCCGAAAACGUCACCUGGUACGAGUUUCUCUCUAACGACAGUGACUCUGCAGCCACUCCUAACAGAAACGAGGAGGAGGAGGAUCGCACAGAGAAGGUGGAGAAAGGCACGAAGGUGAAGAGGACUCUGAGCUCCCUGAGGAACAGAAUGACUGGCUCCUUCAACAAAGAUAAGGGUAAGAACCGAGAAAAAGAGCAGCAGAAGGAAAAGGAAGCCAGAGAUAAACUGUGCGGCGGCAACGGCAGCAACAACAACGGACACCGUUUGGUGCCAGGCUCUUUUUCCAGCUGCGCCACCUGCUCACUGUGCAGCAAAACCCUGCAGAAAAAGCAUGGCCUGCAGUGCAUGCAUUGUGCGGUGAAUGUUCACAAGAGCUGCAAGUCUCUGCUGGGUGAGUGCACCAGCAGCAAGAAUAAGAAGGACAGCCAAUCAAAACCUAGCUCAGCUGGAUCUCCAAACCCCAAAAGAGAUUGGGACCGAGAUCGGAGUCAGACAGGCUCUGUUCUGUCACAGCCUGUGGAUGGACACCCGGGGUCGUCGUGCAGCCCAGGCAUGACUCUAAGUCAUUCAAGUUCUAACCAUCAGCUGACCGUCACCCACACUGCCAACUCCGCUGCACCUGCCUCCAACUUCAGCUACAGCCUCCGUCACCACCCUAGCUCAGGAUCCCUCCCUGGGGAGAUGGAUGAAACGGAUGCCUUCCGCUCAAAACACUGCAACGACGAUGCCAUUUCCAUCUCGCCCUCUACCGCCGAGUCCAUCAUUGUAGAAGAUGCUCAUUAUGCAGCGGUGCGAUCUGAUCUGGAGUCAGACGCCCAGGACCUGGAGGCGGAGUCUUGGAGUUUGGCAGUUGAUCAACACUUUGUGAAAAAUCACUCAAAAGAAAUGGUGAAGAGACAAGAUGUCAUUUACGAGCUGAUGCAGACAGAGAUGCACCACGUGCGAACACUGAAGAUCAUGCUGCACGUCUACGUCAGAGAGUUGAAGGAGAACCUUCAGAUGGAAUCAGGCAAGCUGGAAUGUCUGUUCCCUCGUUUGGAAAGUCUUCUGGAGCUCCACACGCAUUUCCUCACUUGUCUUAAAGAGCGACGGCAAGAAAACCUCGUCUCUUCAAGUGACAGGAACUACCUAAUUAACAGAUUAGCCGACAUUCUGAUCACACAGUUCUCAGGGGAAAUCGGGGAGAGGAUGAAGAACAGCUACGGAGACUUCUGCAGUCAUCACACAGAAGCCGUCAGCUACUACAAAGAACAGCUGCAAAACAACAAAAAGUUUCAGAACAUCAUACAGAAAAUCAAGAACUUGUCAAUUGUUCGGAGGCUAGGAGUGACAGAGUGCAUCCUGUUGGUCACACAGCGCAUUACCAAGUACCCAGUACUAGUGGAACGGAUUCUACAAAAUACUAAAGCUGGAACCGAAGAGCACGAGGAUCUAACUCGGGCUCUGGGUCUGAUCAAAGAUACCAUCGUUCAGGUGGACUCUUUGGUUAAUCUCUACGAGAAGUUGUCUCGACUCAGAGACAUACACAACAAGAUGGAGCCGAAAGCUGUGGGAAAAAUCAAAGAUGGCCGAAUGUUUCGCAGGGAGGACCUGCUGUCGACCAGAAGACGACUGCUUCAUGAGGGCACCGUCAACUGGAAGGCUGCGUCAGGCAGACUGAAAGAUAUUGUAGCCGUUCUUCUGUCGGAUGUGUUGAUUUUGUUGCAAGAAAAGGACCAGAGAUUUGUUUUUGCUACAGUGGACAACAAGCCGUCGGUGAUCUCUCUUCAGAAGCUGAUAGUCAGGGAAGUGGCCCACGAUGAGAAGGCCAUGUUUCUGAUCUGUGCUUCCUCUAAUGAACCAGAGAUGUACAAGAUCCACACCACCUCCAAGGAAGAAAGAAACACAUGGAUGACAAACAUAAGGCAGGCGGUGGAAAGCUGUCCUCAUACAGAAGAGCAGCUGUUCAGUGAGAAAGAGGAGGCUCGAGCUUCCAGGUUAAAAGACUUUCAAGAGCGGUUGGGUCAGAGGGACGCGGUGAUCGUGCAAGCUCUCACUGAGAAGCUGCAGAUUUUUGCAGACAUGGCAGAGUCUGUGGCAGGUUUGGAGUUUACAGCCUCUCGUUCAAGACUUCUGCUUCGAGGAGAUGCCUCGGACCUCCAGCAGGGGGAGACCUUACUCAAGGGAGCAAUAACUGAAGUGGAGAAUCUCCAGAACCUCCUGCAGUCUGGAGUGAGAGAAGAAGCUCCAGUCUCUGACUCGGAGGAUGUCGGAGGUUCUGGGGUUCCACCCAGGAGAGCAGAUACUUUUGGGGGCUAUGACAGUAAUCCCACCAUACUCAGUAAGAAUGGCAGUGUGAAGAAGAACUCCUCUGGUGAAUCCAGAAACAGAGACAGAAGCCAGAGAGCCAGCUCUGACCCUCAGCUCAAAGACCUCUGUGGCAGCCACACCCUGGAGCAGACGGUUGAUGAGAGCACAUGCUCUCCUGCCAGAUGGAACAGCAUCUGGUCCAACACCUUCCCUGAGGCCGAGUUCUUCGACAGAGUGCUGAUGCUUUCACAGAGGCUCUAUAGUCUACAGGGAAUCAUUUCACAGCAGGACAGUCAGAUUGAACUCCAACGAGCCUCUUUGAACGAGCGAGCUUCCCUUCCGGGCCGCCACCGUGGGAACGUGCUCCUGGAGCAGGAGAAGCAGCGGACGCUGGCGCUGCAGAGAGAAGAACUGGCCAGUUUUCACAAGCUCCAGUCUCAGCACCGUCAGGAACAGCAGCGCUGGGAGAAGGAGCGUGAAAGGCACCGGCAGCAGGUGGAGGCCACGGAGGCCCGGCUCGUUCAGAGAGAGGAGGAGUGCAAACGAUUGGAGGAGCAGCUCGCAAAAGAGAAGGAGGAGCUGGAGAGGCAGAGGGAUAAGUACCAGCAGGACUUGGAGAGACUGAGAGAGUCCACCAGAUCUGUGGAGAAAGAAAAGGAACGUCUGGAAAACCAGAAGAAACUCAAGAGGAAAACCAUCGAGGUGGUUCCUCUCUCUGGCAGCCUGAACGGAGAACUUCUCAUGUCCUCUGGCCUCACGGGCAACACCAGCAUUCCUGAACUGCCCUUGCCCCCGAAGCCCCUGGUGCGUAGCAGCCUGACCGUGGGACCGGCCGACUACCCGGAGCGACCUGAGGUGCUUUUGCGACGAGAGACGAGCUCCUCCACCUUGCCCCUGAAGACGGAGGUGCCGCUCAAUCUGUUGAGCACCACAAACCAGCAGCACAAACCGGUGGGCGUGCAGCAGCAGAUCCCCACCAAGCUGGCCGCCUUCAGCAGUGGCAAAGGGAAGUUAGGCAAAAUGAGCAAAACCUCCAGUCGCACUGACAGCACAGCCUCAGUGGACAUGAAGCAGAUGCUGCCAAUGAAGCUCUCUGCCCGAGACGAAAAUGCCCUCAAGGCUAAGCGCUCCAUCAGCCCCCACCAGCAGCCCUUGAUGUCAGCCCUGCAUCACCACACAGAUCAACCCAGUCCUCCAGACACCGGAGCAGACAGUCAAACCUCCACCACAGCUCCGACCACCAUCGCCACCUCUCAUCCCGCUGUUGCUCAGAAGCCCCCCGUCCCCCCCGCACAGCCCUCUGUGCCUCUUUACAGCCACACCUCAGGAGUCCAGCAGGUGCAGUCCCACGUUCAGCCACUGGGCUUGAGUUCCAACCUCCAGCCACAUGUCCCGAUGAACCAGGGGCAGAGCCGCAGCCAGACCACUCCACCACCCUACAAGAUCUCCACGGAAGACUUGAAUAAAGAGGACGUCAUCUUUUUCUAGACCCCUCACAUCCAGCACUGAGAGAGAAACGUUUUCAAUGAAGGAUCUUUUAAGCUCUUUUUUAUUUAAUUUUUUUUUGUAUGGAUGGGAAACCUUUGUCAAACCAAACGCCUUUAAUAAGAAGGUUUAAAUGAAGUUUGAAGUCUCCAAAAGACAAAUGUUGGAGCUGAAGGUAAAACGUAACGCAGAAGAACACCUGCGUCUGCUCGGCUCCGUCACCGAGGAUCAUCAGCAGAGGUCAAGGUCAAAGGUGCAGAGAUGAAGUCCUGACCUGAACUCAUCAUCGACACUCGACACACUUCACAUUUCAUUUCCACAGUGUGAAAAACUCCAUUCCAAACAAAUCGAAGAAUCGUUUCUCUUUUCUCUUAACCAGAGUUAUUUAAGGUUUUCACAGACUUCAGUCUUAAACAGUCGCUGUUGAACUUAAUGUGGAUUUAGUCAGAACUCAGUUUUUAGUUUAUUUUAUGUUUUAUUCAGGCAGUUUAAUUUGAACAAUAGUCAAGGGAAGGACAUUUAUUAUUAUUAUUUUCCAACUCGAAGGUUUGUUAGUUUGGUCUAAAGUACAUCUGUGUACAUCAGCACUAAAAUCAUUUCAACAAAAAAAAAUACUUGUAUUUUUUUAUUUCUACAACUGAAGUCAGAGUUCUUGUGUUUAUAAUACCAAAGCUGUAUUUGAACACAUCACCGUUUAUCGAGGUUGGUACUUAAUUUAAAGUAAAUGUUUGGUGUCAGUCAAACUGAUCAAUAAUUAUUACUGCAGUCAUUGCCUGUAGGUGGCAGUAACGUUGCCACACUUCCAUGUUUUUCAGUGAAUCUGAAUUCUGAUCUUCUCGUUUUUUUUUUUUUUGUGUCAUAUUUUCAACCAAACCAGACUUCACACAUGGUCUUAAGUUUCAGUGCCCGUCAGCUCUUCUGGACUCAGAUGAGCAGACGGACCAAUCAGCUGUUGUCUCUGGUGUCGCUCUUCAGACCUGACGUAUGCACAAAGUGUUUCCCUCUGUGUCUUCGACCAGAGGUGAAACAGAUGAUUUUUUUUUUUUUGUCUUUUUUUUUCCUCUUAACUUUAUUUGAUCACUACCUGUCCAGUUGGAGCUUGUUGUCAAAGUUGUGAUGUACAGUAGGUUUAUGUAUAUAGAUGUACAUAUUCUACUGUUGUCGUGUGCACUGACUGGUGUCUGAUUUUUUUUUUUUUUUUUUUUUAAAUAUGAAAAACGUUGAAAACAACAGCCAGGCGUGUACAUACGUAGACAUGGAGGAAACACAUGUGACAUUAUGGUACAUCUUUUUAUUAUUGUUAUUAUUAUGAAACCACAAUCAGUCAUUGCUGUGUUAAAAAAAACGAAAAAAGAAAAGAAAAGCAGCUAAAAUUACACUGUAUUCCUGUUAUAGUUCUGAGGUCGAGGUGCACUGUCUCUGUCCUGCCAAUCACGGCUGACGUCUUUACUUUGAUGUGUGUAUGUGGCAGCGUGUGUGUGUGUGUAAAAAGAAAAACCGACCGUCGCUUCUGUUUGUAAAAACCAAAGAGACAAAGGCCGGCUGGGCCUGGGCUUCAACCUCCGCUGUUUGAAGGAUCAGUGAGGCCGUGCUGGAUGUGUGGUCUCCCACAACGUCUUAUUACCCCUGACAACAUCCUGCUGGACGCCUCGUCCACUCCACGUCCUGCUCCAGGUCUGAUCUCUGAGGCUCUGAUUGGACAGACAGAGAUCACCUGGAGAACUCUGUGGACGUGUCUUCCACUGUAAAUGGACUCUUAAUGUCCACUGUCCUCACUGAGACAACAAAAAGAAUCCUGAGGACAUUUGGUGUCCUCCACCACAGCUGUCAACCGUUGUCUCCACUCUUCAGAGUGUUUUCUUAACCUUUGACCUGUGGACUGUAAAAUGGACCUCAUUGGGACAACGUUCCUGCCGAAAGAGGAGAAAAAAAAAAGGACAAGUUUCUGUAAAUUAUUUUUCCACUUUUCGACAUCUUAAGCCAGUCUUUCACAUCAUUGUUGUGUGUAGUGUGUGUGUGUGUCUGCGCACACACACACACACACCUCUGUACAUACACACUGUAGGACCUGUAAAGUGUAAACAACCAUGGACCCGUCGAUUUUUUUUUUCUCUGCCAAUUCUACACUAGUCACUUUGCGUAGUAGCAUACUUGAAGGAGGAAAACGAAUGUUGAUGAUGCUUUUUAUUAUUUUUAAUAUUAUUGUUGUUGUUUCGAAAAACUUGUAUUUACCAGGAGUUUGUAGCACACGAAAGUGAUUUUUCUUACUUUUUAAUUUUCUUUUGUUCACUGCCAGUUCUUCGACCGACCUGUGGACACAAACUGCUGCCUUAGACAGAGUAUAGAAAUUAAAAACAGUCCAGACAUCAACA